AUGUCGAACGUGACAACGUUAUCAGCAGAUCAAGGCAAAAAACGUCCAUCUGUUUCUUCGAAGUGUUUAUUGAAUAUUAAAUCGAUUGUUACUCAAAAUGUUUCAGCAAAUCGUAAUAGUAGAAAUUCGCCUUUGCAUUUAGCACCAUUACCAUUAGCUGAUGACAAAAUACCGUCGAAAGAACCUAUUAGCCAUGCGGACAGUGUGAAAGACAGAAAUUUGAAACUAAACGCUGCGAUCGAAAGUUUACAAACAUCGUCGAUGAAAGUGGUCGUUCCAGAAAAUGAAAAUGAUCAAUUGAGACUGCAAACAGUCAUCAUUGAAAAACAACAAGAAGAAAUCCAAUCAAGAAACGAUUUGCACGAUGAAACAUCUGCUUUUGAGGAAUCUUCAUCCGUUAUCAACACAGACUCAACCACUGUUCCACCACUUCCAUUGGAUAGCUCGAUGUAUCCAUUCUGUUCACCAUCAUCGUUAUCUGCUCAGGUCAAACCAUUAUUGUCGUUUCCGGCUCAUUCGUCAACUCGUAUCAAUGAAGAAUAUAUGAGACAGAUGCGUCAUAUCAUCGAAACAUCGUCGUCAUCAUCGACAAAUUCGAGUGAACUCAAACCCAUUGAACUUGCCAUUCAUAUUCAUCGGUUUGAUUCCACAUCGCCCUCAUUAUCAACUAUCGAAGUCGAGAAAGAUCGGGAUAUCGAUCUCCAUGACCCUCUAAUUUUUACGAAUGAUUCAUCGAAUUUAACAGUUAAGUCGGGCACUCCAUCAUCUAGUUCUGAUCAAUCUAUGCGAACAAGAAAAUCUUUCGAUGAUCAUUCGAAAAAAAUGUAUUACAAUCAAUCUCGAUCAUUCACUCCAAAUUAUCCAACGAGUUAUGCACGUUUGCCACAUUCACUACGUCAACAACAAACUCUGUUCAAUUCCUUUUCACCAAUAGAAUCACCUCGAUUACCAAAAGCAAAUCCUCCUAUAAAUCGUCGUUCAUUUCCUCAUUUCGAAUCUGUUCGUACACCUGCACCAAAAGCGACGUUUAUCGAUCCUGAUCUGUUCGAUUGUUGUCAAAGUGAAAACAUCUAUUUCAAAGCUGAAACUACUCGAACACGUCGAUCAGUCGAUCGACAACAUUUAACAACAAUUGAAACGACGUUACUUGAGUCGGAGGCUCGUUCGAAUUAUUUUCGUGAUGUGAACAAUAUACGUGAAAUUAUGCUCGAUGCAUCGAAACGUUUGACAACAGACAAUAAUCUCAUGUUACCACUGUCCAUCGUCGACACACACUGCCAUUUCGAUUUAAUCUUUGAUCGUUUACAUAUCCGACAUAAUAAUUUAACAAAAUAUUUCAAGGAUUACAACGAGUAUUAUCCACCAGGACUUUCAUUCGAAUUAGCUAUACAAGUAUUUUGGCGACCGCAACAGCUAACUGAGAAAAACUGGAAUGAGCAUUAUUCGAAAUAUUUGGAUGAUGAACGUGUUUACGGUUCGUGUGGAAUUCAUCCACAUUGGAGUUCCUCGUGGAAUGAAACAUCUGUUACCGACAUCGAACGAUGUCUUCAGCACCCGAAGAUCGUUGCCAUUGGUGAAAUUGGUUUAGAUUUUGGGCCUAAGAAUACAUGUGCAAAACAUGAACAAUGUCGUGCUUUCGAAGCACAAUUGAAACUAGCCACGAAAUGGUCAAAACCAAUCGUUAUACAUGCCAGAGAUGCUCACCAAGAUGCAUUUCCGUUAAUGAAGAAAUAUCUUUCUUCUGAUCACAAAAUACAUUUACAUUGUUUUGUUGGUACUAUGGACGACGUUAAUCUCUAUACAUCUUAUUUUAAAGAAAUCAAAUUUGGUUUUACUCCAUUGAUAACUCGUAAAACUUUUUCACAAACAGUUAUUCAGCAACUGAAAUUAACUCAAAUUUUAUCCGAAACUGAUUCACCUUAUUUUAUUCCCGACGAAUUAUCGACAUACACACGCUGUGCACAUCCUGGUAUGGUCUAUAGUGUUGUCGAAACAGUUGCAAAACUUCGACAAUUACCUGUCAAUGAUGUUGCUGAUCAAUUAAGAGUAAAUGCUCGUCAAAUUUAUGGCGUUUGA